GGUUCGACUCAGCCCUCUGCUCCCGAUCGAUCGCCGCGCCACCCUUGGCAGUGCCCAUGAAGCCAUCGUCGGGCCCGAACUGAAACCUGCCGCCUACUCCCCGACCUUCGCUGUCAUCCUCUAGCUCGGCGCCAACUGCCGGUUCUCCUCUUCUCUUCCAGAAGGGCUGCGUCGAACAUCAUCAUCUCCUCGUCCCCUCGCUCAAGACAGAGCCUCCCGUCCCCCACCCCCGAACCUCCACGCUGGAUUCCUCAACACUAUCCGCGGGGUCCCCGGCCCAGGUCCACGACGCCGUCGACGACAUGGAGCACGAUCACGGUGCCGCCCCGCCGCACCCCGACGACGCCCUCGGUGGUUUCGAUGCCUCUCCGCAGGUUAUCCAGAAUAAUGGCUAUGACUACUCCGAGAAGCAACGCCACCAACCCAGUCAGUCCCUCGACCAGGGCCUCCCACAAUCCCCGCGGAUGGAAGAGCAACAAGCGGAUCGCUACAACACACCGCCUCUGCCUAUGAACGCCCCCUCUAUCUCAAGGCCUGCCUCCGGUCUAUCCGGCGCAGGCGCGCAACAAGGCUACGCCGACCAUGCCUCGCGCAGCAGCGCCGGCGCGGAGGCCGCCGCCAGCAACGGCCGCAACCACGUCGUCAUCAAGGUUGGCAUGGUGGGAGAUGCGCAAAUCGGCAAGACGAGUCUGAUGGUCAAGUAUGUUGAGGGAAGCUGGGACGAGGACUACAUCCAGACACUGGGCGUCAACUUCAUGGAGAAGACCAUUUCCAUCCGAAAUACUGAGAUCACAUUUUCAAUCUGGGAUUUGGGCGGCCAGCGCGAGUUCGUCAACAUGCUCCCCCUGGUCUGCAACGAUGCCGUUGCCAUCCUCUUCAUGUUCGACCUAACACGGAAGAGCACGCUCAAUAGCAUCAAGGAAUGGUACCGGCAAGGCAGGGGCUUCAACAAGACUGCCAUCCCCAUUCUUGUGGGCACCAAGUACGACCACUUUGUCAACUUCCCAAGGGAGGACCAAGAGGAAAUCUCGAACCAGGCCCGUCGUUUCGCAAAGGCAAUGCGCGCUGCGUUGAUCUUCUCUAGCACGAGCCAUAGCAUCAACGUGCAAAAGGUGAGUCUCCAACUAGUAUUCCGUGGCCCAAGACUGACCCCUUCGCAGAUCUUCAAGAUUGUGCUGUCCAAGGCAUUCGACCUGAAGUGCACGAUUCCCGAAAUCGAAAACGUGGGAGAGCCUCUACUGCUGUAUCAGUCCUGCUGAGCCCUGUCCGUCAAUCCCUGCCGGUCAGCCCGUGUUGGCUUCUUGAGGCGACGCUUUCGCGUCAACCGUAUCUCACUUGACUGUCGCCCAUAUAUAAUGGAUCAUGACCCAUUACGUACUUACGACGUUCGAUAUCCAGCCGAUCUCAUCGGCUGAGUUACUGGAGUUCCCUCGUCCGGCAUCGGUCGGCAGUAGUCACUGCACAAAGCCUCGGGUGCGCGACAGUCGGACUGCAAAAGAGCACCACACAGCUCUGUUUUCCGGGCGCAGCUGAGCCCCAA